UUGAGCCCGGGCCUAGUGCCAUCCCUGCGAGCUUGGCCUCCCCCGCGCUCUUCUUGCCGUGGGCACUGGGGCGAGGCGGGUGUCGCUGCCCUGGGCGGGGAUUGGGAGAGGCGGGUGCCGGAGCUGGGAGUCAGGGGAACUCCAUCCUGGGAAACCCGCUCGGGAGGCGGCGGGGCGGGCGUGGCCGGCUCGACUCCUGCGAUCCGCGGCGGCUCAGCCGCAGCCCGGAGCGGGGCGCCUGGUGCUUUACGCUGCCAUGGGCGCGCUGCCCGUGCCCUCGGAGGUGCGCGCCAUCCUGCUGGACAUCGAGGGCACCACCACCCCCAUCGCCUUCGUCCAGGAGACCUUGUUCCCUUACAUCAAAGACAAUGUGAAGGAGUAUCUACGCACUCACUGGGAGGAGGAGGAGUGCCAGCGGGAUGUCGGACUUCUGAGGAAACAGGCUCUGGAAGACUCCAGCUUGGAGGGGGCUGUACUGAUCCCUUUAGAGAGUGGAAGCGGGGAAGAGGAGCUAGAACGGGUCAUCCAGGCGGUCGUAGAUAAUGUGCACUGGCAGAUGUCUCUGGACAGGAAGAACACAGCACUGAAGCAGCUGCAGGGUCACAUUUGGAGAACAGCCUAUGCAGCUGGGCACGUUAAAGGAAAAGUCUUCGAAGACGUGGUUCCAGCCAUCCGUAAGUGGCGGGAAGCCGGGAUGAAGGUCUAUAUCUACUCCUCAGGCAGCAUUGAAGCCCAGAAGCUUUUGUUUGGAUACUCUACAGAAGGUGAUAUCCUAGAGCUCUUUGAUGGCCACUUUGAUACCACAGUAGGCCCCAAGGUAGAAAGUGAGAGCUACAGACGGAUUGCUGCUAGUAUUGGGUGUGCGACAAACAACAUUCUGUUCCUGACGGAUGUCCCUCGAGAAGCCAACGCGGCUGAGGAAGCGAAUGCUCAUGUGGCUGUGGUGAUCAGACCAGGCAACGCAGGACUAACAGAUGAUGAGAAAUCAUAUUACAGCCUUAUCUCAUCUUUCACCGAACUUUUCCUGCCUUCCUCCACUUAGGAAAAGCAGUGCAUGCACAAAAGCCUGUGCUUCACCUGAAUUGUCUUUGUGUAACAUUAGGUAAUUUUGUCCAUAACCAGAAUUUAAAACAAAUCCCACAUUAUGUCUUGUACCCGCAACUAGUGCAGGCAGGUAUGGAUGGUAGAGUCUGGUGUGGGGGUCCUUUCUGCAGCAGGACAGAAGGCUGCAGCAGCCAGAUAUAGCUCAGAGUGAGGAGAAGCACCCAGUGAGCCUUGCUGUUCCUCCCCUUUCCCAGCUAACAAUUAGCUCAGGGUAUGCUUCCUUCAGAUUUGCCCAUUGAAAUCUGUUGCUGAGAUGUCCCAGCACGAGCUCUGCCAUUUUCAGAAACAAUCUGCAAACAAGGUAUACCAUCCCCCUGUCCCAGCAGGACCUCCAGAGACCAUGAAGGGAUAUGCAAUUCUCCCUGCAGACGUGGUUGCUGGCUAAAUCAAAAGUUUCAGUUAGGAGGGGUUAGGAUGCCCAAGGGAAAAAGCCAAAUCUGGGCAGUAGGUUUGGGCUGGUACAGAAGAAGUCAGCCCAAAAAGCUGCAGGCAAGCUCUUCAGACCAGGAAGAGCUUAAAUCCUGGCUAUAUCCACAGUAGGUGUAAAGACAACACAAUACAACUUGCAUGUGAAAGCUGCCUAGGGCUACACAGCCAGCCUGCCAGAAGCAGAGUAUAGAAAAAUAUAGCAUUAAAAAUGAAAUUGUAGACCCACUUCACUGCUGCAUCAUGGUACUAGGCUAUGGGCUCCAGCUGGGUGAACAUCAAAGUCAGCUUGCACAUUUCUGAAGUAUCUCCCUUAGCACUAACCUGUCACACAUUCAAAGCACUGGUCAGCUCUUGGCAAAUCUUGACAACUGCUCCUAAGGGACACAUUCUGCUGCAUUUAAUGACAAUUAAACCCUUGAUCUUUUCACCCACCCUACAUAAAUUAUGACAUUUUAUAUCAGACAGUCAUGGAGCUUUUUCCUAAUAUAGUAAAUAAGAACACAACUUAGGCUUUCAUUGUGUUCAUUCAUCCCACUAUUUAGCCUUCCUGUCUCUUACCAGUCAUCCCAGCACAUAAAGGAAAGUAUCUUCACCUAAAGGCAAAUAGGCUUUUGGGUUUUUUUUGUUUAAAAAAAACCUGUGAAUACUUUGUUUUCCUGCUUUUGCCCUCCCUGUCCCUUUUCUUAAGGUAGACAGCCCUGUCCUGCCUAGGAAGCUGUAUUACCUCCCCGACUGUCUUAGAAUUUCAGUAGGAUCUCAGUGAGCAUGCAGGAGUGAGAGCCAUAGCUAGGUUAUACCUAGUAAUAGUGGAGGCAGAGGCAGUCUGAAAUCCCAGUUCACUACUGCUGGCCUUCAUGCAUGGGUGUCACUUGCUACUUAACCUUUUCUGCACAGCUGCACUUGAACUUGGCCUCACAGAUGGCCAAAUUAUCAUCCUAAUGUGCACAUUGCCUUCCUGAGCUCUGAUCUGCACCUACAACUGUCCCUGCUGAGUGAAGUUGCUGUGUAGAGAAUAAGAGAGACAGGCUUUUUGGGAGAGGAAAACGCAUCAUGCUAGCAUUGCCUUUAGAAGACUUCUAUGGUAACAGGUAAGGCUAUGAGGCAGUUAGUCUGGAUGCGUUUCUGGGCUAUGUAAUGAGUGUGAUCCUCCUAGAAAGAGCCUGCUAAUUAGCACUGUUACACAAUAAGUGUAUCUGCAUGGCUGAUUAGUCCCCAGCUUCCGUGUUAAUUUUAAUAAUGACGUUGUAAAUACCUUUUGUUUUGCCUUUGCCAUCAGGAAGGUAGGUGUGGGGUAAGGGACAAAAAUAAAACUCACUUUAUCCAUAAAAGCACUUUAUUUUGUGGUCAUGUUUCAGUAUAUAUCAGUUAUCAUUUAGUUGUAUUGAAAUGUGCUGUCAAAAAUAGUCUAAGAAAUGUAGAGUUAUCACCAAAAACCUGAAGUUCAGUGUGGACUGCAUAUAGGAAAAGGAGAAAGAAAAUCACAAUCUUUUUUUUCUUUAAUAAAAUUACAAAAUA